AUGCGCCAUAAAAAGGAUCUCACUGGCAAAGGCAAGAAGGGCUCUAACAACCCCAAACGCACCUACGCCCAGCACACCCACCCCGAACGCGAUGACGGCCUCGGCGGCAACAAGAGACCGUCCUUCAAAGCCGCCGCGUGGGACCUGAACCACUGCGAUGCCAAACGCUGCUCCGGCAAGCGACUUAUGCGUCUCGGUCUCAUGCGCGAGCUGCACGUUGGGCAGAAGCACGCCGGUGUGGUCGUGAGCCCGAAGGCGAAGGUCUUGCUGAGUCCCGCGGACCGGCCGAUCUUGGAGCAAUAUGGUGCGGCUGUGGUUGAGGCGAGCUGGAAGAGGAUUGAAGAGGUACCGUUCACGAGGAUAGGCGGGCCGAAUCCCAGGUUGCUGCCGUAUCUGAUCGCCGCGAAUCCGACGAACUAUGGACGGCCGUGGCGGUUGAACUGUGUGGAGGCGCUGGCGGCUUGCUUUGCGAUUUGUGGGCAUAAGGACUGGGCGGAGGAGGUGCUGGCGACUUUCAGCUACGGGGAAGCGUUCUUGAGCAUUAAUGAGGCGGUGCUGAAGAAGUACGCGGCGUGUGAGGAUGAGGAGGGAGUUAAGAAGGCGGAGGAGGCGUGGUUGGCGAAGGUUGAGAAUGAGUGGAGAGAUGAUCGGGAGCAGAGGGAAAAUGAUAAGGAUGAUGCGUGGAGGGGUGGAAAUAUGAACCGGAGGCAGCUGGAUGUUGACGAUGACGACGAGGACGACGAGGGAAGUGGCGAUGAUGAGGACAGUGAUGCGAGCAGUAUGGGCGGGAUACAGCUGGGUGGUCCAAAGCCUGGAGAGCAGCCGGUGUUACGCGAGGAUGAGGAGGAAGACAAGGACCCGUACGAUCUGCCUCCUUCGGACGAUGAAGAAGAAAUGGCCGAGCUCAGGCGAAGAGUGCUGGCCUCCAAGCCGUUCGCAAAUCCGAAGCCUGCAGAACCAGACGCCAGACAAGCUCCGGAACGGAUCGAGCGUCCUUUGGGUACCGCAGCGAUAGCCGACGAUUCAGACGCAGAGUCAGGCUCAGACGUGGGAGCUGGAGAUGAUGACGAUUUUGACAACAUCAUGAAUGCUGCGCCCGUUACCGACAAAGCUGGAAUUACGGCAGCGCAGCGGAAGAGAGCCAUGGAGCAGGAUGGCAAGCUUAGUGCUACGUUCUCAAGAAACGUCGUGUCGGCGCCGGGCAAGUGGCCGCCGUGA